AUGGAAUGUUUUUUUUCUAAAAAACGUAGAGGUGAAUCUUCAAGUUGUUCAAUUACACCUUUUAUUGGAGCAAAUGUAGAAGUUGAAGAAAAUGUGGAAACUGAAACAAAUUUUAAUGAAUAUGUUCGUGAUCCGGGAUUAAGGAAACCAAUUGAUGAGUUUGAUAUUGCUAUUCGAGAUCAAGUACGUAGAGAAUAUUGGUCUAUGGGGCCUUGUCAAGUAGUUGGACAUACAUAUCCGAAGACUGAAUUCGGCACUCAAUUAAAGAGUUUUCAAGAUGCGUGGUAUGAAAAGUUUGUGUGGUUAGAGUAUAGUGUUUCAAAAGACGCUUGCUUUUGCUUUUGGUGUUAUCUUUUCAAGGCACAUGAUCAAAAUAUUGUGCAAGCCAUGAUUUUGAUUGAUGCAGUGAAAUCUCAACUACAUGACUUCAGAAACACUGGGUGGGAAAUAAUUUGUGAUGAAGUCAAUAGAUUUUGUGAGGUGAAUGCUAUUUCUUUGAUUGAUAUGGAAGACACGAUAACACGACCUGGUUAUAGAAGGCAGAGCAUCACCAAUGAUCAUUAUUACCGUGUGGAGAUUUUUACAGAGGUUGUUGAUUUAAUCAUACAAGAGAUGAAUAAUCGUUUUUCUGAAGCUAGCACCGAUCUACUUAGAUGCAUGGCAUGUCUUGAUCCAAGAGAUUCUUUCUCCCAAUUCGACAUUAAUCAACUCAUGCGUUUUACUACUUGGUAUCCUGAAGACUUCUCUGCAGGUGAUUAUUUAUUAUUUUUUACAAUAAUUUCAUAAUAUCUUUAUUAAUGUGAAAUAUUUAACAGGUGAUUGUUUAUGUCUGCCACAACAACUCCGUAAUUUCAUAGUACUUGUGCGACAUCAUCCUCGCUUUUCUACGAUAACUAAUUUGGGAAGUUUUGCUCAAGAAAUGGUUAAAAGUGGCAAUCAUUUAAUUUUUCAAUUAGUUUAUCGUAUGAUUGAGUUGACAUUGGUUUUACCUGUAGCUACUGCUUCUGUUGAGAGAGCAUUUUCUGCAAUGAAGCUCGUCAAAAGUGAUUUGCGAAAUCAUAUGCAGGACGAGUGGAUGAAUGACAGUUUGAUCGUGUACAUUGAAAAGGAUAUUUUCUCAACAAUUGAUAAUGAGAAGAUAUUGCAACGUUUUCAGUCGACGAGUACAUGUCGCAAUCAAUUGUCAUCACUUUCUCAAACAGAAACAACUAGUUCACCAAGUAUUUAUUCUUAGGUUAUUUGUAAUGUAUUGAACUUUUAUAGCUAUGUUAUUUCAAAUGUAUUAGAACUAUAUUAUCUAUGAAAAUGUUGUUUAUUAUUA